AUGACACCACCUGAAACAGGCCCCUUGUACCGCGCACUGUGUUCUUCAGACGCACUGCACAGCCAGCGCUCUGAUGAGGAAGAUUCAGAUGAGGACAACAUGGACGUGACGCUAAUGGAGGGCCUUGCCGAAUGUUACCAAGCUGCUAGUCGCUGGGAGAUGCGCCGCCAGAUACUUUCCAUCAUGGCAGAUAAGGUGCGUUACAAAACACUCCUCAAGUUUAUCCCUGGUCUGACCAAAUAUCGCUUCACCGAAGCCAAACGCCACUGUUUGACCUAUGUAAGAGGAGCUCCAGUACAAUCAGUAAGAGCACCUAAGACAGACGUUACCUUCUCACAGAUAGAAUAUUUUAUCGCGUUCAUAACUGAAGCUCACAAAUUGUACAAGAUCUGCCAUUCGGAGAAAAGUCCAUAA